AUGGCGGCUCAAGACCUCACUCCAAAGGACUUCCAAAACGCCUUCCACUGGGCGGCGACGCAGAAGGAUGGGACGAUUCCGUCCUUCGCAACUCGUCUGAACGACCCGUACACGUACCAGCCCGGCUUCAACAACAGUUUUGAGUCCGAAGCCAUCGCCGGGACUAUCCCGAGAGGCCAGAACAGCCCGAGAAGCAUACGAUAUGGCCUGUACGCAGAGCAGGUAACGGCUUCGUCAUUCGUCGCUCCUCGGCACGCCAACAAGAAGGCCUGGCUCUACCGGUCCCGGCCCGCCGUGGCUCAUCAAGGAUUUACUGAACUCCCCGACAACAAGGACACGGAGUCCACCUUCAUGCCCAUCAACCCCCGGGUCCACGUCUCGCCGACCCAGUUGGCCUGGAAGCCCUUCCCAAUCCCCGACGGGCAGGACGUCGACUUCGUCCAGGGCCUCAAGACCGUGGCCGGCUCCGGGGACCCGACGCUCCGGGAGGGCGUCGCCACCCACGUCUACCUGUGCAACAAGAGCAUGACGAAAAAGGCUUUUGCCAACUCUGACGGCGACUGGCUCAUCGUGCCCCAGCAGGGCGCCCUCGACAUCCAGACCGAGUUCGGCUUCCUCUACGUGCAGCCGGGCGAGAUCUGCGCCAUCCAGCGCGGCCUCCGCUUCAAGGUCAACGUCGAGGGGCCGACGCGCGGCUACAUCCUCGAGGUCUGGGGUUCCAGCUGGGAGCUCCCCGAGCUGGGUCCCCUCGGCGCCAACGGCCUCGCCAACGCCCGCGACUUCCUGCACCCCGUCGCGUCGUACGAGGUCACCAAGGACGACCCCUGGGACAUUGUCUACAAGCUGGGCGGCAAGUUCUUCAACAGCACGCAGCGCCACUGCCCCUUCGACGUCGUCGCCUGGCACGGCAACUACGUCCCGUGGAAGUACGACCUCACAAAGUUCGUCAACGUCGGCUCCAUCUCCGUCGACCACAUCGACCCGUCCAUCUUCUGCGUCGUGACGGCCAAGUCCAGGGACCCCAACGCGCCCCUGGCCGACUUCCUCAUCUUCUCGCCGAGGUGGGACGUCGCGUCCCACACCUACCGGCCGCCCUACUACCACCGGAACGCCGCCUCGGAGCUGAUGGGCCUGAUCUACGGCGACUACGGCGGCCGCUCCGACGAGUUCCAGCCGGGGAGCAUCUCGUUCGAGUGCGGCUUCGUCCCCCACGGCGUCGCGUACGAGCAGUUCGCCGCGGCGUCCAAGGAGGACCCCCCCGUCAUGCAGAUCUCUCUCGGGUCCAUCGCCUUCAUGUUCGAGACGAGCCGGCCCCUCACCAUCACCCACUACGCCUGGCACAGCAAGGAGAAGCACGAGCACGACCCCAAGAUGUGGGACGACCUCGUCGACAACUUUUCAAAGUUCGAGAUCGAUCCGGCGCUGAUCAAGAACAGCGGGAAAAAGAGCCAGAAGUGA